AUGGAGGCCGAGGAAAAGCUGAAGAAGACGCAGGAUCUCCUCUCCCGAGAGCAGAUGGAGAGGGAUCGUGCAGAGAGCCUCAUUUUUGAGGCUGAAUGGUGUUUCCAGCAAGCCGAGGUAGACAUCGCUGAGGCAAACAAGUGGGCGGCCAAGGCAGAAAAGAGGGCCAAUGAGGCAACUAAGAGGGCUACAGAGGCUGAACAGAAGGCAGCCGAGGCUGAGAACAGGGCACAGGAGGCAAGGAAACGAGUCGAUGAGUUGGCCGAUCUCGUUUCCGAGGCUUACUUGUAUGGGAUUGAGGACACCAAGAAGGCACUUGGGGCGGUGCUUCUAGAUUUUGAUGCCGAAUCUUUGAAGGUGAUCCCCGACUCUCCUAAAGAGGUCUAUCUUCACUUUAUUGGGCUAGAGGAUCAGCUGAAAUUGGCCCUAGCCAACAUGGACAAGCUAGAGGCUGAGAAAGACAAGCUUCAGCAAGCCACCACCACCGCCGUGAAGAAGGGCCACGAGUUCCAGCGAUACUUCAGCGACGCACAAAAGCUUUGCAUGGAGGCCGAGGAAAAGUUGAAGAAGAUGCAGGAUCUCCUCUCCUAA